AUGGCAGUCUCAGUGGCUAAGGAAGAGAUGGACUACACCAUCAAGCCUGAAGCUGGUGCCUCCAACAUCUCCACAGAAGAGUGGCCUUUGCUGCUAAAGAAUUAUGACAAGCUCAUGGUGAGGACCGGUCAUUUCACACCAAUUCCCGCUGGUUGCUCGCCUCUCAAGCGUGACCUGAAGUCCUACAUCAGUUCAGGUGUGAUCAACCUUGACAAGCCUUCCAAUCCAUCUAGUCACGAGGUUGUCGCUUGGAUGAAGAGAAUUUUGAGGGCGGAGAAAACUGGUCACAGUGGAACUCUUGACCCGAAGGUCACCGGUUGCUUGAUCGUCUGCAUUGACCGUGCGACCCGCUUGGUCAAGUCCCAACAAGGUGCCGGAAAGGAGUACGUCUGCGUCAUUCGUCUCCAUGACAAGAUUCCCGGUGGUGAGGCUCAGUUCAAGAGAGCUCUUGAGACCUUGACUGGCGCUCUCUUCCAGCGGCCUCCUCUGAUCUCUGCCGUCAAGCGUCAACUUCGUAUCAGAACGAUCCACGAAAGCAAACUCUACGAGUUCGACAAUGAUAGACACCUUGGCGUGUUCUGGGUCAGCUGCGAGGCUGGAACUUAUAUUCGAACUCUUUGCGUUCACUUGGGUCUUUUGCUUGGUGUCGGUGCUCACAUGCAGGAACUUCGGCGUGUACGAAGUGGAGCUAUGGACGAGAACAAUGGCCUCGUGACUCUUCAUGACGUCCUGGAUGCGCAGUGGAUGUACGAUAACCAGCGGGACGAGUCUUACCUGCGCAGGGUCAUCCGACCUCUCGAGUCUCUUCUCACGACCUACAAGCGUAUUGUCGUUAAAGACAGCGCCGUCAAUGCUGUGUGCUAUGGCGCAAAGCUCAUGAUUCCUGGUCUCCUGCGCUUUGAGGCUGGCAUUGAUGUCAACGAAGAAGUUGUUCUCAUGACUACAAAGGGUGAAGCCAUCGCCAUUGGUAUCGCUCAAAUGUCUACUGUUGAACUUUCCACCUGCGAUCAUGGUGUCGUAGCUAAGGUCAAACGUUGCAUCAUGGAACGUGAUCUCUACCCUCGCAGAUGGGGUCUGGGCCCUGUAGCUCUGGAGAAGAAAAAGCUCAAGUCAGCUGGAAAACUGGAUAAAUAUGGCCGAGCAAAUGAGGACACCCCCGCCAAAUGGAAAACCGAAUACAAGGAUUACAGCGCCCCCGAAGAAGCUUCCGCUCAGGCUGCACCUGGAUCGACAGCUAAAGAAGACGUGGCUGCUGCCCUAACUACCGAACAGGACGAGGCGCCUUCUUCACCCCAGUCCAAGAUGGAUGUCGAUGAAACCAAGGAAGAGAAGAAACGCAAGAGGCAUGAGGGUGAAACAGCAGAGGAACGUGCAGAGCGUAAGCGCAAGAAGAAGGAGAAGAAGGAAAAGAAAGAACGGAGAAAAUCCAAGCAGGAGAAGGAGGACAGUGGUGAUAGCGACUAG